ACGUAAUUUCCGGUCUUUUACGGUGUGCCCUCUGCACGAGCCCUGUCUUGACGCCGACUUCAGCCGCUUUUGGGGUGAAUAUCUUGUAACCGGGUUCGAUUGUCAAGAUGCUGUUCACACUUUUCGAAGCUGCGAAGAACAGCCCAUUCAAGGGACCCUUAACCGUGGCGAAAUGCGACUCGCCGGCUCCUGCUGAUGCCGCCACCGAUUACAGCUGCGAGUUCGGCUCCAACAAAUACUAUGCCCUUUGCGGUCUUGGAGGUAUUCUGUCCUGCGGAAUCACUCACACAGCUGUCGUUCCCUUGGAUUUGGUGAAGUGCCGUAUCCAGGUCAACCCCGACAAAUACAAGUCCGUUUUCAAUGGAUUCAGGGUUACCAUCAAAGAGGAUGGAGUGCGAGGUUUGGGCAAAGGUUGGGCCCCCACCUUCAUCGGUUACUCGAUGCAAGGCCUUUGCAAGUUUGGCUUCUAUGAAGUGUUCAAGAACAUGUACUCUGGCAUCCUUGGUGAGGAGAACACCUAUCUGUGGAGAACAUCCCUUUACUUGGCAGCCUCGGCCUCUGCUGAAUUCUUUGCUGACAUCGCCCUCAGCCCCAUGGAGGCCGUCAAGGUGAGAAUCCAAACUCAGCCUGGUUUUGUGAGCACGUUGCGAGAGGCCGUGCCUCUGAUGUACAAAGAUGAAGGUCUUGGUGGGUUCUACAAGAGUUUAGUGCCAUUGUGGAUGAGGCAAAUUCCCUACACCAUGAUGAAGUUUGCCUGCUUCGAGAGAACUGUCGAACUUCUUUACAAGCAUGUUGUGCCCAAGCCCCGCGCUGACUGCACCAAGGGAGAACAGCUUGUUGUCACCUUCGCUGCUGGCUACAUUGCUGGCGUCUUCUGCGCUAUUGUUUCUCAUCCUGCCGACACUGUUGUGUCCAAGCUGAACCAGGAGAAGGGAUCCACUGCAAUGGAGGCUGCCAAGAAGCUUGGCAUGGCUGGAUUGUGGAAGGGUCUGACGCCUCGUAUCAUUAUGAUCGGUACCCUGACCGCAUUGCAGUGGUUCAUCUAUGACGCUGUGAAGGUCACCCUCCGCCUUCCUCGUCCUCCCCCACCAGAGAUGCCCGAGAGCCUGAAGAAGAAGUUGGCUGAGGCUCAGGAAUAGAUUUUGGAUAGUUGACCGCCUGGAAGCACUUCUUCUCGAUUUGCAAUUUUCUCUGUUGAUUCUGUUCAUGUGUCUCUUGCCCCAGUCUUUUAAUUCUUAAUCUGCCCAUCCAUGAUUUUAAAUUCUUGCCGAAGGACUUCUAUUUUCCAUCUCAGUGCUUCCAGGUCUAGUAAAAAUUGAAAUGUUACAAUGUAGCUGCAAGUCCAUAGAAAAUUCCAGCUCUGUAUUCUAAUACUCUGCAUUCCAAAAGCAUGUUGGCAAUAAUUUAUUCUCUUCUUUGCAUUCCAAAUGCAUUUUUAACUCUUCUUUACAAUUAACGCAGGAAGAUUUGUUUGAACGCAGUUACGUGUUAAAUAAAAAAAUAAUAAAUUGUAAA